ACUUUCAGUGGUGUGGGCUGGACAGACAGCGAUGGACAAGGAGGCAGCAGGCAGUGGAGCAAAGGCUGAGGCCGGGGAGUGACAGCGAGUGGCUGACUGGGGACAGGGCAGGCAGGGGAAGCAUCGCAGCAAGAGGGGGCAGAGAGCAGAGUCUGAGGAAGGAGGCGGGUACAGAAGACAGCAUGGCAACUUCAGGCCGUUUGCCAGCAGAGGUCCAGGGAGCUGUGGGCACCAACGCCCACCCGUGGUGCUCUGGGUCCACACUCGUGGGAGGCCUGUUCAUGAGAGGGCUCCACCUGCUGCUGCUCCCACCUUCCAGCUGCUUCUGCUCACCGCUGUGACACAUGGGGGUAAAGGAAGCACCCCAAGCCAGCACCUGGAGAGCGUCCCCUCCCCCACUCCCAUUUUCUAUCUCCAUGAGCAAGGGAUCCCAGACAGCUAACUGGACACACCUGCCUCGGCCUCCCGCAAGGGGGGAUUUGGACUCUGCCAGUCACCUGAGCACUCUGUGUGCCCCUGAAACGAGAACUCAUCGUUUACCUGGCCUGUUCGUCACCCAGAGCACCUCUGUACCAGCGGAAGCAUGUCUUUCUUUCUUUGAAGCCUUUGCUGGAAUGGCCAGUGGAAACAAAGCAUUAAUGAAUUUAAUCCUUUCCAAAUUUGAACCUACUGGCCAGGAGAGGGAGGCUUUUGAAAAACUCCAGGAAUGCUACAAUGGGUUAGGACUGAGCGGCAAAUUGCUGGAUGCCAAAGUUAUGGAAGCCAUCCUCCUCAGCCCAGAAUGCAGGAAUUACUAUACCACAGACAUGUUGGACAAAAUUAAGAAAGUUCUUUCCAAACUAACCUCUAUGUAAUAUGAUGGCUGAUCUGGUGUCAUCUGGCUGCCCUGUCCUGUUUCCCUCCUGAAGUUGGAAUCCAGACACCUGUCCCCUCCUUGUCCAGUCUGUUAAGCUGAUUCUAAUAAACACCCGCAGCUCUGCUCUCUG